AUGUACAGCAACUCUAGUCGGACUAUCUAUAAACGAGUUUCAACGAUCGUAUCAAUUUUGGAAGAUUCUUUCCUAUCUAUCUAUCUAUCUAUCUAUCUAUCUAUCUAUCUAUCUAUCUAUCUAUCUAUCUUACAUAACCAUUAUCAAUAUGAUUUAUUUAUUCCAAUAUACGUUUCAUUUAUGCGUCAUUUCACGUUUGUACAGCGCAUCCAAUCAGGAGAAGAGAUUGGCUCCACCAAAUUAUUUUUCUACUUUGUAUGUAUGUAUGUAUGUACGUAUCUAUCUAUCUGCCUGUCUGAGUCUGUUCAUAUCUAUCUAUCUAUCUAUCUAUCUAUCUAUCUAUCUAUCUAUCUAUCAUACCUAAAUACCUUUUUCUCAGUCUGUUCGUCGUCUAACUAUCAAUCUAUCUAUCUAUGUCCACAUCUAUCUGUCUAUCUAUCUAUAAAACUCUGUUCGUAUCUAUCUAUCUAUCUAUCUAACUAUCUAUCUAUCAAACUCUGUUCGUAUCUAUCUAAGUCUGUUUCUAUCUAUCUAUCUAUCUAUCUAUCUAUCUAUAAAUUGAUUCAAAAAUUCCGCCUGUUUAUCUUUACUUCUUUCUCCCUUCAUCCCUUCCCUAUUUUCUAUCUAUCUAUCUAUCUAUCUAUCUAUCUAUCUAUCUAUCUAUCUAUCUAUGGGAACAUCUAUACCCUCUUUGCAAGUUCUCUUCCACGUUGCACGGGCUUGGGUAGUACUUUCCCAGCUAUCAAGGCCGAUGCCACAUCUCUUGAGAUUGUAUUUAACAGUGUCCUUGUACCUCAGUUUCGGUCUGCCCAGUGGUCUGUUGCUGUGUUCUAA